CCCAAAUAUAAGCGUAUUUCACAGCCUCCGGCUCCGCCUGGGGCGAUGCGCGCGCGUGGCUGGACCAGGCUCCCCCGGAAGAUAUUUUUGCCCGUCUCCCACUCUUCCUGCGCUGGAGACCGCCAGUUCCCGUUCCUCUCCCUUGUGUCAUCUUAUUUUUAAUUAUAAAUCAUGGGAGAUGAAGAUAAAGCAAUUGAACAUGAAGAUUUUACACCAUCCACAGGAAUGGACCACACAGCCUCUACAUAUCAAGAAACACAGGAGGAAGCAGUUAUGAACUCUAAAGGAAUAGAUGCAAAAGAACCAACAGAAGGAAGUAACCUCCUGAAUAGCAGUGAAAAAAAGCUACAAGAAAUACCAACUGAAUCAAAUAAUUUGCGAAGACUAGGACAAACAUUUGCUUGCCCUCCACAUGGCUUGCUGGCUAGAGGGAUAACAAAUGUUACCAUGGUUGUUCUUCUCUGGGCUGUAGUUUGGUCAAUUACUACCAGCGAAUGUCUUCCUGGAGGAAAUCUAUUUGGAAUUAUAAUCCUAUUCUAUUGUGCCAUCAUUGGAGGUAAACUUUUGGGGCUCAUCAAGUUACCUACAUUACCUCCACUGCCUCCUCUUCUAGGCAUGCUUCUUGCUGGGUUUCUUGUCAGAAAUAUCCCUGUCAUCAGUGAUAAUGUACAGAUCAAGCAUAAGUGGUCUUCCUCUUUGAGAAGCAUAGCCCUGUCUAUCAUAUUGGUUCGUGCUGGCCUUGGGCUUGAUUCAAAGGCCCUGAAGAAGUUGAAGGGUGUUUGUAUAAGACUGUCCAUGGGUCCUUGUCUUGUGGAGGCAUGCACAUCUGCACUUCUGGCCCACUUUCUAAUGGGCUUACCAUGGCAAUGGGGAUUUAUCCUGGGUUUUGUUUUAGGUGCUGUGUCUCCAGCUGUCGUAGUGCCUUCAAUGCUCCUUUUGCAGGAAGGAGGCUAUGGAGUUGAAAAAGGCGUCCCAACCUUGCUUAUGGCUGCUGGCAGCUUCGAUGAUAUUCUGGCUAUCACUGGCUUCAACACAUGCUUGGGCAUGGCCUUUUCCACAGGCUCCACAAUUUUUAAUGUUCUCAGAGGAAUUUUAGAGGUGGUAAUUGGUAUGGCAACUGGAUCUCUUCUUGGAUUUUUUAUUCAGUACUUUCCAAGCAGUGACCAGGACAAACUUGUGUGGAAGAGAGCAUUCAUUGUUUUGGGGCUGUCCAUACUAGCUGUGUUCAGCAGCGUGUAUUUUGGUUUCCCUGGGUCAGGAGGAUUGUGCACACUGGUCAUGUCCUUCCUUGCAGGUUUGAGAUGGGCCGGCGAAAAGGCAGAUGUUGAAAAAAUUAUUGCAGUUGCCUGGUACAUCUUUCAGCCCCUUCUGUUUGGACUGAUUGGAGCAGAAGUAUCUAUUGCAUCUCUCAGACCAGAAACUGUAGGCCUUUGUAUUGCCAUCCUCGGCACUGCAGUAUUGAUACGAGUUUUGACUACAUUUCUGAUGGUGUGUUUUGCUGGUUUUAACAUAAAGGAAAAGAUAUUUAUUUCUUUUGCAUGGCUUCCGAAGGCCACAGUCCAGGCUGCCAUAGGAUCUGUGGCUUUGGACACAGCAAGAUCACAUGGAGAGAAACAAUUGGAAGAAUAUGGAAUGGAUGUGUUGACAGUGGCAUUUUUGUCCAUCCUCAUCACAGCCCCAAUUGGCAGUCUGCUCAUUGGUUUGCUGGGCCCCAGGCUUCUCCAGAAAGCUGAACAUCAAAAGAAAAAUGAAGAAGUUCAGGAAGAGACUUCUGUACAAGUUUAGAGGUGAAGAGAGAGAAUGCUGAAUAUAAUGAUUAGAAAGCUGCUACCAGAAGCUAAUUUUAUCAACUACCAGAGGCUACUUUAUCUAGAUGGAUAUUGAGAUAUGUAAUGUUUAAACCUUAAAUGUAAUAGAAACAAAAGUGUGGCUAUUUCUUUAAAGAGCAUUUUCAGCCAUUAUCCUUUCCAUUUGUAUGGUAAUAUUCUACAACUCCAACCUGAUUUCUCGACCUUUUUUUUUUUUUUUUAAAAUAAGUCUUCAUCAUAUAUCUUAAUUUGUUUAGGGACAUAUACACUAAAAUGUACUACCACAAUUUAAGAUUAACAUGGAAAACAUCAAGUGCAGUAUCCUAUUCUAUUAGCCAACAGCUUGUUCUAACUUACUGUAACUGUCAUAAUUUCAUGAUUCAUAGUCACCUAACCUUUCAUGCCUUGACAUAUUUUUGGCUCCUCUUUUCUUUUUUAUUUUUAAAUACCAUAAUGCAAUCCCCCAUUAAUUUCUACCCCCACUUUAUGCAAUUCCCCAUCAGUUUUACCCCCACUUUCUGUGCCAAUCUGCCUCUACUCCAUUUCUACCUCUCUUGCUACCAUUCUGUGUAGUAUUGUAACUGAUUGGUCCCACCAAAAUUUCAAGUAUGCAGAGUAUCUUCAUUGGCUCUUCCUCUUGCAGCUAUGCACCUAGACAGACCUUAUCCUGUCUCCUAGGUGGCAACACAGAGUCUCCCAUUUUAGUGGCCCAUCUGAGUUUGCCUUAAGGAGUGCCCUGAUUCAGCCCUUUCUUAUUAAAGGAAUAGAUUGUGUUAAAUGAAUAGAUUACAAAUAUUCUGAUCCUACCAAGCUGAUCUGCAUAAAGCCUAUCCAUUCCUCUCUUGUCCUCAGACUACUGUUCCAGACCCUUUCUCCAUGACUUUCACCUCUGUUCAAAACCAACUUAAU